GAGACGGAGAGAUCCCCCCGCCCCCCAGCCAGCCAAAGAUUGUGCCCUGGUGUGGAGGGCCGUAAGUGCGGGGCCUUUAGAUCCCUUGAAAAGGAUGACCCUCAUGAAUUGUGUACUUGGUGUCGAGAGCGAGAUUGCUCUCGGACCGACACUUGUACCGUAUGUGUGUCUUGGUCGGAGGAGCAGUGGGAGCACUACGAGGGGAGGAAGAAAGCGUGUAAACCGGCCAAGGUGUCGUCGGAAAGCUCUCCAGCGACACCAUUGGUUACAGACACGUCUUCUUCUUUCCUCCCUCUGAGUCAGCUCCCGCGUGUGGCUCCUUCCCCGUCAGGGGACGUGUCACGUUCCGCCUCUUCACUUGACCUGUCGAGUGCAGAGGAGGGGGCGCGGCACCCCGAUUUGCAGUUGUACUCGGAGUCUUCCGUUCGCUCGGGGUGGGAGCUUUCCCCCCCCGGGCGAACGGGAACCCCCCCCACUAAUCCGACCUUUGCCUCCUCAGGUGUGACUGCCUGCCGCGGGUGGAGACCUCGAGCAGGUGUGGCACUCGCUGGGACUUUCGGGCACACCGAGUAUUCAGGGGCUGCUGUAUCACCUGGCUGCACAGGGUGCCAGUCCGGUGACGCAUGGCCCGGUGACGUCGACGAUAACAACGGUGUCGACGCCUGGGUAUGCUGCUCCUCCCCACCUAGUCUACUCCCAGCACGUGACGACGGUGACCCCUACAGCUGCUGUCCAGGCCCCGCUGCUAUUCGUGCCUGAAGAGGAGCUGACCCCACCGCCUAUUUUUGCUGCCCUCACCCCUGCCCCUGACUUUCGGUACCCGAAAAGUUCCCCGCUCGACCUGCCGCCAGUACCUGUCGUUGCCGCUCCGGUUCCAGAUCCUGCCGUCUCCGCUCCUGCCCGUGGUAUUGCUGCUCCCACCGCAGGUCCCUCCGGACAGGUGCAGCUGGGCCGUGUUGCUUUGGCAACUGCCCCAGCCCCGUCCUGGAUGGAGGACCUGACAGUGUUCCUGAGGAAGCUGACGAAGAAGAAGAGGAAGAAGAGGAAGUUGUCGUCGUCUUCUUCGUCGUCUUCAUCGUCGUCGUCUGCAGCCACCUCUUCCCCUUCGUCUUCCAAGGCCCCACAGCUGAGGAAGAAGAAGGUGGCCUCCUCCCCCACUAAGAAGUCACGCUCAGAGACCUCUAAGGGUCUGUCCCACUCCGGUGGGGCGGGUGACCAUGCAGUCAGGGUCCAGACCAUUGAGCCUGCUCACCGGCAGCACCCAGGCACGGAGCGGAAGACUGGUGGCAGUCGCUCAGGCGACUCCUGCCAGACUGGCGAUCGCUCUCGUAGCGAUCACCUGGUCCCCAGGGUUGACGCGACGGUCCCACCGAACCGUACGCGGGCUGAGGCGAGGAAGAGGUCCCCCCGGUCACCAGGCCCAGUCUUGGCUGGGCCAGGUACCGUGACGCGUCGUGAGGAUGGUGCACACUCCCACCGCGCCAGUGGACUCUACCGGUCUCCCGACCGGACGGAUCGCUCAACAGGUAGCAGCUCUCCUGACGCUCGGGACCGUCGCUACCGUUCUCGGUCCAGUAGCUCUCCCGAGGGAGACUGCAGGACUAGACCUGCAGCCCGAUCGUCACCGCGGGUUGGCGAUCGCCUGCAGCUCCCCCAGCCCACCGGCUCUGCUGGUAGGCAGGGGCGGAGCGUCAGGUCUGCCUUUCCUAUCCCUUCAACCUCCUCGGGCUACACUGGGAGGAGCGAGGCGAUCAGGAGUGACCGUGAGGAGUGCGCUUCUCACGGUCGCACCGCGAGGGCCUACGAGCCUGGCAUGGUCUUGGGACCGAGCAGAUUGUACACCCAAAUGGUUGGAGGAGACCAAGAGGGGUCUGUCGUGGUUCCACCUGUGGAAGGAGGAGGAUCUCAGGAAGUGUUCUCCCUGGAUGGAUUUGACGGUCCAUCUCCUCAGGACGCGAUCACUCCCGAGAUCCAGAGGUCAUUUUCGGAGGUCAUUGCGCUGAUUCGUCAGCACAAUGACCUCGGGGAAGGAUCGGUGCUCCCUUCCUCCGAGCCUCCAUCGAGGCUGGAGUCGUUCUGGGGGCCUAAGAAGGAACCCAGGACGACGGUGGGUCUGCCCCGGUCUGCCUUGGCCGACGGUGUGCUGGGCCAGGUGAACUCUCUUGUUUCCGGACAGGAGGGAUCGCUUAGGUCUGGCAGGUUUACCAAACUGCUCCCCCCUCCUCUACCACGACAGAGGCAGUUCUACGUGCCAUCGGAGGACCCGCUGCCACCCAAGCAGGUUAACCCAGAGCUAGCUAGGCUAACUCCGGGGGUGUCUCUUCAACACCUGCUGGCUGAGAACCUCUGGUUCUCACAGCAAGAGGCACAGGCCUUGGAAGCGACUGCCAUGGCAGCAUUCCAAGCAGUCUCCUGGCUGGACCUGUGGUCCCUCACAUUGUCCAGAGUCGCGGCCUCCUCAGGAAACAUCACUCCCGAAGGGGACCCAGCUUACGGGAGACUGUGUCAGUCCGGGGGUAGGGCUAUUUCCUACCUCGCCCAACAGACGGCCAACCUGUGGGCCAACCUGGUCCUAAGGCGUCGGGACGCAGUCCUCGCUCGAGUGACCAGGUCGGCAGGGCGUGAGGCAGCUUUGAGUCUGAGGAAUGGACCAGUGCUGGGUUCCUCCUCUCUCUUCCCUAGAGAGAUGGUGGACGCUGCAGUGGAACAGCGGCGCACUGAGGACAGUGACUGCCUAGUACACCAGGCAGUCUCAAAGGCGUCUGGGCAGCUUCGUGCCACUGCGGCCAAGACGACUUCCUCAUCGAGGCUGAGAGGAAAGACCCAGCCUUUGACUUCUGCGGUAAGGAGUGAUCGUCAACCCUCCUCCCAGUCCUCCUUCUCACGAGGAGGAUCUGGGAAGAAGUCGAAGAAGGGGAAACGCUAGGGACAGCGUUCCCCUCACCUGCUGCCGGAAGUGGGGGGGUGCCUGGGGAGCCAUUGGGCAACAUGGCAGCGCUACGGAGCCGAGACCUGGAUAGUGGAUGCCCUUCGGGAGGGAUAUCUACUACCUUUCGGGUCGCGGCCACCCCUCACUUCACACCUGGCCCAUCUGCAGAUGUAUGUUCCCAGUUCUGCCAGGGAGGUAGCGCUUCGGCAAGAGGUAGAAGUCUCUGUGUCUUCACGGCUGGCUGUUAUCCACCAUCUCUUGCGAGCGAGAGGCUUUUCUCGCCGAGCAGUAACACAGAGGGUAGGGUACCUCAGACAGUCCUCUGUAGCAGUGUACCAGGGGAAGUGGUCUGUCUUCUGUGGUUGGUGUUGUGGAUGGGGUCUCUCUCCACUCGGAGCCACUCUUCAGCAGGUAGCGGAUUUCCUUGUCUUCCUUCGCCGAGAGAAGCUCCUCUCCGUCUCCGCAGUUAAAGGUUACAGAGCCCCUCUGGCCCUAGUCCUUAAACUGCAGGGAGUGGACAUUUCCACGGUGAUGAAGAGCUUCGAGAGGUCUGGCCCACCCAGGGAACUCAGGUCCCCGGGGUGGGACGUGACUCUCAUCCUUAGGAGUUUGACUCGCAGACCCUUCGAGCCACUCCGAGAGUCGUCAGACAGGGAUCGGACCCUCAAGACCGUCCUUCUGUUGGCCCUGGCAUCGGCAAAGAGAGUAGGGGAACUUCAUGGUCUUUCUUUCAAUGUUAAACACUCGAGGGUAUGGGGAUCAGUGAUGCUCGAUUUCGUCCCGGAUUUUGUAGCGAAGACCAGAACCCUUCGGUCCCUGACGACCGGUUCGAGUCAUUCACGAACACAACGAUGCGGAUGAGAUGCUGCUUUGUCCUGUGAGGGUGCUACGGCACUAUCUGAAGAGAUCUCGUCACCUCAGACCUGAGUGUCGACACCUCUUUGUUAGCACCGGGGUUACCAAGAAGGAAGUGAGGUAAUCCGGAAGGCGUACUCUUCAGACAGGAGUGACGACACCAGUACCCUUCAUCCGAGAGCCCACGAAGUCAGAGGUAUUGGUCCAACCCUUGCGUUCUGCAAGAACUUCUCCAUGGCACAGGUGCUGAAGCCAGGGGUUUGGGCCAAUCAGACCACUUUUACCUCCUUCUACUUUCGGGAUAUUGCCCACAAGUCCUUGGACACUUUUUCCUUGGGACCCGUGUGGCUGCUCAACAAGUUGUGUAGCUUACCCAGCUCCCUCGCCAGACAAGGUAGCAUCUCAUCCAUGUGAGACUGCAUGAAUGGAAGAGUGAAUGAGAGUGUGACUGGCUUCUCUUUCUCCUCUUUUCUUCCCUCUCCCUGCGGGCAGAGGGUGGCGGUUGUCACUACGCUGGACAGGAUGCUGAUGCAGAUCUUAAAAUGGCAUCAUUGGAUGAUGAUUACUCCUGGAACCCUCCUUCAGAAGCAGAGUUGAAAGUUAUUGAAGCAAGAAGGGAAAGGAAUAAUAAGAUUUCAUCCUUGAUGGGACAGUACCUCUUAAAAGGAUACAAGAUGCUAGCUGUAACCUGUCCUGUGUGUGAUUGUAUUUUAUUAGAGGAUAGAAGCAAAAACAAAUACUGUAUUGGAUGUUGUGAAGUGGAUGCCGACACAAAGAAAGACAACCCAGCUGUCAGCGAAGAAGCCGCAAGAAAGGCAGUAGAAGAGAUUCAGCACAGACAGCGGCAAGAUAAAGAAGUUUCCCCGUUGUUUAAGUCAGAAGUAAAAGUAACGAAUCAAGAAAAAUCAAAAUGCUCAUUACCUGGGUCGGCUCUGGUCUCAUCUUCGUCUGUUGCUGCUUCAGCAGUAGAACCCCAGCAGUGUUCGCAAAGAGCUCAAGAGAGUAAAAGCUUGACUAUUCAUGGCAUAGACAUUUCUGGUGAUGUCACAUCGGUGUUAUGUGCGCUGCGAGAGAAGCUUUCGUGGGCAGGAAACCAACUUAGUAGCACCAGUAGUGUCCAUGAAGCUCGAAAUAUUGCAGAUCUUAUAAGUGAAUGUUGCAAAGCCAUUGCUGCUCUAAGAGACUUAUAACUAAUUUCUUUUUAAUGCCAAGACCAUAAAAGUGCACAAAAGUAAUAAAGUACUGCUUGCAUUACUCAUUGCCACGCUCUUUUGCCUAGAAGUGCUUAUGCUUUCACUGUAACUUGGGAUUCUCUUUCAGUCACUGUUCAGUUGCUUCAUUUCCAGUGCCUUUCCCUGGACCCGAAGUCCGUAAUGAUCAGUUAAUUCAAGUGUCUGUACUUAGUCACUUGUUGUGCACUUCCCUGAAAUGCUAGUCACCAGAUGGCAAUGUUUACACGUUUGAGCCUUUUGUUUUUAUGAAAAUUGACGCCUUGAACCAAAAAUUGUCUGUACCCAUAAAAAGCAUUUACGUAAACUAUGUAGUACAAAUGCAUACCUUGUUUUAUGUAAUCUCAAUUGUUAACAUCCUGAGAUGCUGGUAAAUACAGUAGUAAUUGACGUCAAAAUCAUUCAUUUGUAUGUUUGUGCGUCAUCAUUCGUGUACUGCCAUUAAGUUUUUGUACCCUCCCUUCAUCAGAGUUUAACUCUUUGUGCAUUCCCAUUCCUGUCCAUUUGGUUUCUAAGCAAAUUUUCCCUUCAGUGUAGUAUAUAUAGUGGAAGAAUGGAAGAGGCUGUUUUAGUUAUUUGGCAGUAAAUAUGAAGAAUGAUGGUAGGAUGAGAGAAGAGGCAACUCAUGGUUAAGUGAAACAAGGAAGGUAAUAGGAUGUCCACAAAAAACUGACCAGAGACUGCAUACUGAAGCUAACAUAGGAAUUUACGAAUUGAGCGCACUCUCCUUUGUGGAAGUGUUUGAACUUAUCAAGGUAUUCCUUGCGUAGUAUGUGUUGAAAAAUUUAAAAGGGUGAAAAAUUAUGAGAUAUAUAGAAAUGUUAACAAGGUUAGUUUGUGUGAAAUGAUGGCUGUGUUUUGAAAUGGUUCAGUAGUCGAAAGAAUGAGGAUGACUGGCUGGUGGCUGUGAAGAAAUUAGUUUAAGGUGAAAAUGUGCAUGACAUGAAAGGGGUUAUGGGGUGUUCAUCACAUGGCAGUGAUUGAUACCCACUCUACAUUUAUAACACUGCAAAUGAUGUGGAAGGUUUUUGCAUGGAUCCUUCCACGAAUCAGCACUCGUAAGUAUGAAUAUACCUGUAACCAUUUUACUCUCUGGAGACAUCAUCUGUUCAGUUGUUAGAAUUAAACCAUCAGAAAUUAAUGGAGUAUAAUAAUCUUCAGUCGUCAUCUUCUCAGUUGGUUUUAUUAAUAAUUGGUUUUAACAACCAAAUUACUGAUGUUGGGAAAUAAAAGCAACCUUUUUAUUCACUUUUA